CGCCGCUUCUCCAUGCUUUGCUCUUCUGUUUAAACUUUCCUUAAAUGACACGGAGCUUUCAACAUCAUACUAACUUAAUAAAUUAACUGGCUGUUUUGAUGUUUUCCUGGAACUUAAAUGAUUUAUUGUCAUUUUUCUUCUCUGUUGGUGCAGGACGUAUCUCGGUGCGCACCGGACCAAAAUGAACCGCAGAACGUGUCCGGUGCGUCAACCCUGGUGCUCUGCCGCUGUGUCCGAGAUAAUCUGGUAGAAAUCGGUAACGGGAAGCGGACUAGAUCCACACCAACCCUGCUCGGGGUUUUUCCUGCCUCCGUUCAGAAGAAAAAGCUGAAGCAGAAACUCAUUUGGCAACCUGAAGAGAGGACAUGGACAUACUGUAGCCCGCGCUGAAUGAUAAGGAGGAGGAUGGAGCUAUAAAAGCAGGGAGAUCACAAACUGCAACGUCAAUGGAGGAACAAUCGGAUGCCUUCAAAGUCUUCCACUGUGGGACUGUCACAGGAGGAAGCGAAGAAGACCGAUGAUAUGUGGAAUAAAGAGGGACAGGUGAGAGUGAGGAGGCUACAGCAGCUCAAGUCAGAUGUUGUACAUCUCAAGUUUGAAGAAAGAAACAAGAGACUAAAACAACUCGUCCAAAGGGGUUUGUUCCAUAUGAAGAUCAAAACAGCUUUCAGCAGAUGGAUGAUGCUGAGCCGUUGCUCUGGAGGUGUGGAGUGACAGGUGACAGAGGAAUUGAUGCGGCAGAGACAGGUCGCUGCUGCUGAACAACCUGAUCCUCACCUCUGACCCAAAAGAAGAAAGGCCACCUUGGAUACAUCCAACUAUACCAGUGAGAUCUGCUAGAGGGGCAGAGACAGUGGGCACCAGCCAUGGAUAGUAACAAUCCAGGUUUUAGCUCUAAAGUAGGGACACUCCCACUCUUCUACACGACACCAGAAGGUGGGUGUGACUGAACUCCAUGAGGUGAUACAGAACUUUUUGGCUCAGCCUACUCCUUGGGAACAUGUCAUCAAUGCAUUUUUUGGCAAGACAUGGGAGAUUCAACCUUCACUGAACAAUUUGAGGCUGUUUACAGCUCGCAACACUUUACUGGAUUACAGUAUAAACCACAGAACACUUGUUCUAGCUAGUUUCUUCAUAGCCCUUCUGCCCCCUUCCCUGUGAUUCCCCAUUCCCCAAGUUGCUCCCUGUUAUCACCUCAUCGACCAGAUCCUGUUUUCAUCAGUCUGUCCUCCUUUAAUGUGUCCAGUUAGUUAAGAAGUUGAAUAAGGGAGUCCACCCUCUUUGAACCUCAAAUAGGAUAAGGGUCUCUUUUUGUGAUGGGAGGCUCAGCAAGGGUUCUCCUUGGUGGGUUUGGCACCACCACCUCCUCUCUCGAAGUUGGAGGUCGGAUGGCUUGGCCAAGCAACAACCCCCUGGACUUCAACCAAACCCUGCCAGGGGGGAGUGUUGCAGGUGGAGGUGCGGCAGCCAUGAGUGCAGGUCUGGACAAUUUCACCCUUGAGUCUGUCACCAGGGCAGUGAUCAAAGAGAAAAACUGGCCAGCCCUGCUUAUACUUGUCAUCAUUGCACUGACAAUUGGUGGCAACAUCCUAGUGAUUCUGGCGGUGUCACUGGAGAAGAAGCUCCAAAAUGCCACCAACUUUUUCCUGAGGUCGCUGGCUGUGGCAGACAUGCUCGUAGGCAUCCUGGUCAUGCCAAUCUCCCUCAUUAACAUCCUCUAUGACUAUGCCUGGCCUCUCCCCAGCGCUCUGUGUCCAAUCUGGAUCUACCUGGACGUGUUGUUCUCCACCGCCUCCAUCAUGCACCUGUGCGCCAUCUCUCUGGACCGAUACGUCGCCAUCCGCAACCCCAUAGAGCACAGCCGCUUCAACUCCAGAACCAAAGCCAUGAUGAAGAUCGCCGCUGUCUGGACCAUAUCUAUAGGUGUGUCGAUGCCUAUCCCAGUGAUUGGCCUCCACAAUGAAGACAAGGUCUUUGUCAAUGGCAGCUGUGUCCUCAAUGAGGAGCGCUUCAUGCUGAUUGGCUCCUUCGUGGCCUUCUUCAUCCCACUGGUCAUAAUGGUGGUGACAUACUGCCUGACCAUACAGGUGCUCCAGAGGCAGGCCACUGUCUUCCUAUAUGAGGCAAAGACUUCCUCCCAGCAGCCUUUGCACACACCAGCAAUGACAAACACAUUGCAGCCUCCAUCCAGCACCUUCCACAUCCCUCAGAUCAUCACACUUGCCCCCCCAGACUCACAAGAGCUAACGGCGCCGUCCCCUCAGAGCAGACGAAACACCCUGAGCUGCCUGAAAGCAGCAGAGCCCAGCAUGCUGCUCAGCACCUCCACCUCAGACAGCAUAAGCAUCAUUCCCAGCUCUGAGGUGGCAUCUCAGCUCAGCUCGCCAGCCGUGGGCCAUGGGCGGAGCGACACGCCGGGUUGCCAUGGGCGACGGGGAAUGAUGCAGGCCAUAAAGAAUGAGAAGCGUGCCUCUAAGGUCUUGGGAAUUGUCUUCUUCCUCUUCCUCAUCAUGUGGUGUCCCUUCUUUAUCACCAAUGUCACCUUUGUCCUGUGCCACAGCUCCUGCAACGAGUCACUGCUUCAUGAACUGCUCAAUGUCUUUGUCUGGGUGGGUUACAUCUCGUCCGGAGUCAACCCUCUAGUCUAUACCCUCUUCAAUAAGACCUACAGGAGAGCGUUCUCCAGAUACAUCAGGUGCCAGUAUAAAUUUGGGGCCAAUGCUGCCGGACAGAGUUGCAAAACCCUCCUGAUCCCCCCACCGUGUCCGUCACAUGCUGUGACCCCUCUUCUGAUGGGCAGUCAUGGGAAAGCAGGUGCAGGCCGCAGUAGUAACUGUCAUAACGGCGGUAGGGGGGAUAACGGUAGGCUGACAGUGGAUCCAGAGGACACAACAGAUGAUGGGACACAAAUUGCAAUAGCGUCACACAGCCCCACCGAAUGCCACAACAUCGGCAUGCUUUCAGAAACAGAGCCGGAAACGGAGUUGGAGCAGGAGCUGUCGCACAUCAGCUACAGCUCCACUUCCAGGGAACACACAAGCAGCGUGUGACUGCACGCUUAUUGUUUUCUGUCUUCUUCUUAUCCUGUAGAUGCCGGGCUGGGCAGCGUGUUAGUGGCCUGGUGCUCAGAGCUCACAGCCUUUUGGUUGGUUUCAACUGUAAACCUGAAGUGGGUACUCUUAUUGUGAAAAGACUCGUCCUGUUUCAGGAGCCGUAUCCCCACACAGAAGUGCACUACUCACAUCAACGUGUAGAGAAUUCAGAAGAGUUAACCUCAUUUAUUGAAAAAGUGGUUUUCAUUUUGGAAUGAAAACCAAUAUUUUACCUCUUUGUUUUCUAUUUGUUGCCAAAAUGUUGGUUUUCAUACUAUACUAGAAAAUAAAGGCAUUUGUUAGGCCUUUAUUUCUAUGUAACUGUCAUCGGUCAUAAAUUGUGGUGUACUUCAUGGGGACUAAAGUGCCAGUUGAGAUCAGGACAGUGAAAUGGUCAGUGAAGAGUUAACUCUCAUUGUUAAAUUGGUAUGAAGGCAAGUGGCCCUUCAUGGAGACCCACUGAUGGAGACUACAGAGUCAAGCACCAACCGCUGAGGUCAAACUACGACUUCAAGCUGUCACACAGAGUCAAAAUGCAGCCUAAACUCGGCAAACUAAACCAAAUCUAUUUUUGUGCCGGUCAAGCUUGACGGCAGCAGUCACACAGCCUCUCUGAACAAACCUUUGCAGCAUGCAUAGUCUAACUGCUCGGCUGACACAAAUGGGAUUUUUCUCCAAUGCGUACUUCCUCAAGGCCACAGACUGAGUUUGUCCGAGAAGACUAAGAUGAAGGAAUGUACAACGACCACCGGUCUCCGGCGGACUCACAGUGCCAUGUGGUGGCCACAUGGCACAGAACGGUCACUCCCCUUGAACAGAACAAGGGGCUAAUAGAGCUAAAAACAUGGCGCAGGCCUUUGG